AUGGACAAAGAUUGCGACAUGGUUUAUAAAAAUAUUUCUGACCUUUACAAAUCCGAAGAAUUUAAGACAUACGAUAACUUUGUUUCAUUAGUUGCAAAAUGUGUAUGGCAGAUAAGAGAUAAAGAUAGAAGAGGUAAAGUAUGGAAUGAACAGAUAAAACCAGCAGCUUUUGAGUUAAAGAAAACCAUUGACGCCUUAGUUGUUCUAGCUGGUUUUAUUUCAAUGUAUAACGCAAAAACGAUGCCGCAAUGUUCAAAAUGUAAAGCAGCAAUAAGAAAAUAUAACUACUCAGUCAAAGAGAUAGAACGAAUGAGAAACGACUAUGCAGACUUAAAGAAAGAAGCAGAAAAACCAGCAGAAAAUAAAAUGGACAUGUUAGCAUUUCUUAAUAAAAACUAUCCAACAGCAGAAGAUUUCCUUCUGUCUGACGUCAAGAAGAAGUAUAAAGAAACCUUCGGCAUUGUUAAAACAUUCGAUGUACUAAAAGAAGAAAUAGAAGCUACGAAAUUGUUUAGGAUUUCAAAUAUACAUCGUACAAUUCAUGUAAAACGCUUGUGA